AUGGCGGGCACACGGGCACACGGGCAUCUCCUGCACCCGCUGCUCUUCCAGGUCUGCUGCGGUUGUCACGGGCUCCGUGUGUCCACGAGCACGCGUAUCCUUUACACGCUCCUGCAUGUCCUGGCCUCUGCCGUGUGCUGCCUCAUGCUGUCCCGCACUGUGGCCCAGGCUAUCACGGAGAAGGUGCCCUUCUCAGUGGUGCUGUGCCAACACCUGCCAGGGGGCACAGACUGUGAGCAGCUGGUGGGUUCCUCGGCCGUGUAUCGGGUCUGUUUUGGUACUGCCUGCUUCCACCUGGCACAGGCUGCCCUGCUGCUCAACGUGCGCUCCAGCUCCGACUGCCGCGCGCAGCUCCACAAUGGGUUCUGGCUCCUGAAGCUGCUGGUGCUGGUGGGCCUCUGGGCCGCCAGCUUCUUCAUCCCUGAGGACAACUUCAUCCAAGCCUGGCACUACAUAGGUGUCUGUGGGGGCUUUGCCUUCAUCCUCAUCCAGCUGGUGUUGAUCACAGCCUUUGCGCACACCUGGAACAAGAACUGGCUGACAGGUGCUGCACAGGACAAGCGCUGGUAUCUGGCCGUGCUGCUAGCCACAGCCACCUUCUACACCCUUGCCUCUGCCGCCUUCUCCUUCCUCUACAAGUUCUACACCCACCCAGCCGCCUGCCACCUCAACAAAGCACUGCUUGCCAUCAAUGGCAGCCUCUGUGGCAUCAUGUCCUUCAUCUCCAUCACACCAUGUGUGCGGCUCAAGCAGCCACGGUCAGGGCUGCUGCAGUCCUCAAUCAUCAGCUGCUAUGUGAUGUACCUAACCUUCUCCGCACUUUCCAGCCGUCCCCCGGAGAGAGUGCUGUACAAGGGGCAGAACCUCACUGUCUGCUUCCCGGGGGUUCGGCAGGAUGAGCUGCAGACUGAGGACACCACCGUCGCCGUGCUGGGCGCUGCUAUCAUGUAUGCCUGCGUGCUCUUUGCAUGCAAUGAAGCCUCAUACCUUGCUGAGAUCUUUGGACCCCUCUGGAUGGUCAAAGUCUACAGCUUUGAGUUUAAAAAACCUUCCUGCUGCUUCUGCUGCCCUGAGAAGAUGGAGGAGGAGCUGAGAGGCACCGACCAGACAUGUGAGCAAGUAGAAGAGAAUGCCAAGGGACAGUUCAUCAUCCAGGAUGAACAGGACCGGGUGGUCUACAGCUACUCAGCUUUCCACUUUGUCUUCUUCCUUGCCUCGCUCUAUGUUAUGAUGACACUCACCAACUGGUUCAGCUAUGAGAAUGCGGUGCUGGAGACCACCUUCACACACGGGAGCUGGUCAACCUUCUGGGUGAAGGUGUCCUCGUGCUGGGCUUGUGUCCUGCUCUACUUGUGGCUGCUGCUGAGCCCCUUCUGCGUCCAUGGCUCCCCACAGCACCGUCGCAGCAGUACAGGGCCACGCAUCGUGCGGCGCCGACGUACUCCACAGCGCAUCAAUGUCUCCACAUAG